UCGUUGACAGAAACAACUUGAAUUGUUACAUCUCGUUGUGUUGUUGUACUCCGGUGGCUGGCUAGCUAAAAUUGUCCCUUUCCUAAAUUAGCCAUGUAUGGAGAUAGGGAUUUGGACUUGUGGUUUUACUUCAUUCUCUGUACUGGCCAGUGAUUAUAACAUGAUUCUGAUCCAACCAUUAAUUCAUACAUUGUUGUGCCCCUGGCCUGAGAGGAUAUGUCCAGAAGCUAAAUGUAGAAAGCUUAUGUUAACUCGCUUACAUUGCCCAUGAAUGGAAGUUAGGCUAGCGAGCAAGAUAGACCGUUUUGUCAACAUGAAAGAGAGGAGGAUGACAUUGGCGUUUCUCUACAAGUAAGAUCUCAGGGUUGGGAGCCAUGGAGACGAAUGGGUCAGUGAUGUCUCUGCAGGAUGGAGAGAAGACUCGUCUGAGUUCAGGUUCCAAUGAAACUUCCACACGCUACGGUUCCAUAGCUGACAGCCUUCCUACUGAUGAACCAUCCACAGUGGAGACAACAGUCCUCUCUCCACGACGCUCCUAUAUAACAGUAGCUGUGCUCUGUUAUGUCAACUUAAUCAAUUACAUGGACCGAUACACAAUCGCAGGGGUCCUUCUCAGUAUCCAGAAGUUCUUUGAUAUAACUGACAGCACGUCUGGACUACUACAAACAGUUUUCAUCUGCAGUUUCAUUAUUUUGGCUCCAAUCUUUGGGUACCUUGGCGACCGCUACAACAGGAAGUUCAUCAUGAUUGGCGGGCUGAGUGUGUGGGUGGUGAUGACUCUGGGCAGCUCUUUUGUCACAGAAUCGUAUUUCUGGCUGCUGGUGCUGUUGAGAGCCCUGGUGGGGACAGGAGAGGCCAGCUACUCCACCAUCGCCCCUACCAUCAUAGGAGACCUGUUCUCUGGAGCCAAGAGGACCGUCAUGAUCUCUGCCUUCUACAUCUUCAUCCCUGUUGGAAGUGGUCUGGGAUACAUAAUAGGAUCCUCUGUUGCCAAUGCCACUGGAGACUGGCGUUGGGCCUUACGGCUCAAUCCCAUCCUGGGUUCCCUGGGUCUGCUCCUGCUGGCUGUGUUGUGCCCCAACCCCCCACGAGGGGCCUCUGACGCCCAUGGAGGAAGUACCAUAGAGCACACCUCUUACCUGGAGGACGUCAAGUACCUUCUGAAAAAUAAGAGUUUUGUGUGGUCGUCUCUGGGAGUUACUGCCAUGGCUUUUCUGACUGGAGCUCUGGCCUUCUGGACACCCACCUUCCUGAGCCGAGCUCGGGUCACUCAGGGCAUCCAGCCACCCUGCGACACCUCCGACAGUUACAUCUUCGGGGUGGUGACGGUGGUGACGGGUAUUUUGGGUGUUUCGUUGGGCAGCACCAUCUCCAGGAGACUGAGGGACAGGGUGCCCAACGCAGACCCCCUCAUCUGUGCUGUGGGCAUGCUCAGCUCCGCCCCCUGCUUCUUCGGCGCCAUCGUACUGGCGUCUACAAGCAUCCCUGCCACUUAUGUGUUCAUCGGCAUUGGGGAGACUCUAUUGUCACUGAACUGGGCCGUUCUAGCUGAUAUCCUACUGUAUGUGGUGGUGCCAACCAGGAGAGCUACAGCUGAAGCUCUGCAAAUCAUGGUCUGUCAUCUCCUAGGAGAUGCCGGAAGCCCUUACCUGAUAGGAGCUAUCUCAGACGCUCUGCGUACAUACCAGCCUGACUCUCAUACGUGGAGUUUCCGUAGUCUGGAGUACAGUUUCCUGCUCUGCCCUUUCGUAGGGGUCCUGGGUGGGCUCUUCUUCCUCAUGACAGCCCUCUACAUCACAAAGGACAGGAAGAACGCAGAGCUACUCACUGCAGGGGUGUGUGAUCCAGUACAUCCUCCUACUCAGUUUAGUGCUAUGGCAGGCUCCACAGAUUGCUGAGGUGAAACUGGGAUCCUUGGAGGACACUCAGGCUAGAGGAAGAUAUUUUACAUUAGAUGUUGUUUGGUAUGUGACCAAACUGAGAGUUCGGGUGACUGACUGUGGUACCCCAGACCACUCUAUACGAGAAAAUAAUGGAACUGGUAAAAAAAAAAUCAUAUAGAACGAUUCCAAAGCUGCACACUGAUCCAAAGAAAAUGAGUUGUGAUCCAUCGUACACAGAACUGUUGUUAAAUGAUGUGCCUUUUAUUACAAAAAAAUGUACACCAUUUUAUAAUUACUGUCUUUUUGUCUGACCACAUCAAUGUUUUUAUCUCACACAACCUUAAUUGGGGUGGCAGUUAGCUAGUGCUUAAGAGCGUUGGGCCAGUAACUGAAAUGUGGCUAGAUCGAAUCCCCGAGCUGACAAGGUAAAAACCUGUUGUUCUGCCCCAUGAACAAGGCAGUUAACCCACUGUUCACCGGUAGGCCGUCAUUUUAAGUGAGAAUUUGUUCUUAACUGACUUACCAAGUUAAAUAAAGUUUUUUUUUUUUUUAUCUAAAAAAUAAUAAUGGUCCUUGUAGUGUCCUAAACCAUACCUGCCUCUGAACAACUGAAUUCUCUGGGGAACAAACCAGCAACAAUUGAAAAAAAAACAUUUAAGACCAGCGGAUGAAUCUGUCAACCCAUCCAUUUUGUUAGGACGUUCCAGGUUGACCUCUCCCUCCCCAGGCCCAAGCUUCCCUCUCCCUCCCCAGGCCCAAGCUUCCCUCUCCCUCCCCAGGCCCAAGCUUCCCUCGACCCACCCAGCAGCCAGCUGCUUCUUGCUAAUGAGGACGGUAGGGGGCCUGAGGCUGGGCUGUAGCAGGAGGUCCUGGGUUUGAGAUGGAGGCUUCUCCACUCCACCUCACAGUGUGCAAGGGAAUCCCCUGCUAAUUCUCACUUUUUUCUAGCUUGGUCAAUCCACCUAUUAAAAUAACUGCAAAAUGAUUAGAAUAAUGACCAUUUGGCAAAGAAAUGUGGAGUUUAGUUGCUGUUGAGUAUAUGUACACUGAACAAAAAUAUAAAAGCAACAUGCAACAAUUGAAAAGAUUUUUACUGAGUUACAUAUAAGGAAAUCGGUAAAUUGAAAUAAAUGAAUUAGGCAGUAAUCUAUGUAUUUCACAUGACUGGGCAGGGGUGCAGCCAUGGGUGGGCCUUGGAGGCCAUAGGCCCACUCACUUGGCAGCCAGGCCCACCCACUGGGAAGCUAGGCCCAGCCAAUCAGAAUUAGUUUUUCCCAACAAAAGAGCUUUAUUACAGACAGAAAUACUCCAUGUUUUCCCCAGCACAAGGUACACCUGUGUAAUGAUCAUUCUGUUUAAUCAGCUUCUUCGUAUGCCACACCUGUCAGGUGGAUGGGUUAUCUUGGCAAAGGAGAAAUGCUCACUAACAGGGAUGUAAACAAAUGUGUGCACAAAAUUUGAGAGAAAUAAGCUUUUUGUGCGCAUGGAAAAUGUCUGGUGAUUUUUUUAUUUCAGCUCAUGAAACAUGGGACCAACACUUUACAUGUUGCAAUUAUAUUUUUGUUAAGUGUAAAUAUGUGUGUGUUUCUAUCAAAGUAAAACAUUUGGUGUAUUUAAAGUCUUGUCUUGCCCAGUGCUCUUUGAGCCUAUGUUGCACACUUUUUUCAGUCUAAUCAUAUUCACUUGAAAUAGCCAUGUUUCAUCAGGAAAACAAUACAUGCAGUUAUUCAGAGAGCAACAAAUCAAAUCAAAUGUAUUUAUAUAGCCCUUCGCACAUCAGCUGGUAUCUCAAAGUGCUGUACAGAAACCCAGCCUAAAACCCCAAACAGCAAGCAAUGCAGGUGUUGAAGCACAGUGGCUAGGAAAAACUCCCUAGAAAUGCCAAAACCUAGGAAGAAACCUAGAGAGGAACCAGGCUAUGAGGGGUGGCCAGUCCUUUUCUGGCUGUGCCGGGUGGAGAUUAUAACAGAACAUGGCCAAGAUGUUCAAAUGUUCAUAAAUGACCAGCACUUGGCUGUAGAACAGUUCAGUUGAAACUGAGCAGGAAUUAAAUACAUUACAAUAAUUUUCUGAGAGUUUAACAGAGAAACUUUUGAAUAUGCCUAUUAAUUUUGCAGGAUGUGACUGUAGUCUACCAUUAGGAAGGCUGCUUGUGUUCUGAGCAGAUAUUAGGUACACGUAAUGUCUGUCCUGACAGUAUACUGGUAUUACUGGCUGUGUGGAGACUGAAUGGGGCUUUAAUAUCCCUGAGUUCUGGGCUCUAGCUAUUAAUGAGCUUGGUACCCUCCAUCACCUGAAUAAUAAGCGAAGCUGUUAAGAGGUCAUCUAUUUCUACCAACAUUCGAGAUGCUGCUAUCCCACGUGUUUCUCAUAAUGGUACUGUUCCACUCCUAACCAACCAGAAUGAUAUAAAAAAAGUUUUUUUUUUUUUUUUUUUACAACCAGUACUUGAAGUUCAGGGUGGAUUCAAAACGAUAAAGUAAUAAAUGGCGCCACCUGGUGCCCGGAUAGCAAUUUACAGUAGAUCUCACAGGGGAAGAGCUAAAUUCCUGACAUUUAAUCCUAGUAAAAAUUCCCUGUCUUGGGUCAGUUAGGAUCACCACUAUUUUAAGAAUGUGAAAUGUCAAAAUAAUGGUAGAGAGAAUGAUUUAUUUCAGCUUUUAUUUCUUUCAUCACAUUCCCAGUGGGUCAGAAGUUUACAUACACUCAAUUAGUAUUUGGUAGCAUUGCCUUUAAAUUGUUUAACUUGGGUCAAACAUUUCAGGUAGCUUCCCACAAUAAGUUGGGUGAAUUUUGUCCCAUUCCUCCUGACAGAGCUGGUUUAACUGAGUCAGGUUUGUAGGCCUCCUUGCUCGCACAUGCUUUUUCAGUUCUGCCCACACAUUUUCUAUAGGAUUGAGGUCAGGGCUUUGUGAUGGCCUCUCCAAUACCUUGACUUUGUGUUCGGUAACCUAUUUUGCCACAACUUUGGAAGUAUGCUUGGGGUCAUUGUGCAUUUGGAAGACCUAUUUGCGACCAAGCUUUAACUUCCUGACUGAUGUCUUGAGAUGUUGCUUCAUUAUAUCCACAUAAUUUUCCUGCCUCAUGAUGCCAUCUAUUUUGUGAAGUGCACCAGUUCCUCCUGCAGCAAAGCACCCCCACAACAUGAUGCUGCCACCCCCGUGUUUCACGGAUGGGGUGGUGUUCUUCGGCUUGCAAGCCUCCCCCUUUUUACUCCAAACAUAACGAUGGUCAUUAUGGCCAAACAGUUCUAUUUUUGUUUCAUCAGAUCAGAGAACAUUUCUCCAAAAAGUACAAUCUUUGUCCCCAUGUGCAGUUGCAAACCGUAGUCUGGCUUUUUUUAUGGCAGUUUUGGAGCAGUGGAUUCUUACUUGCUGAGCAGCCUUUCAGGUUACGUCGAUAUAGGACUGGUUUAACUGUGGAUAUAGAUACUUUUGUACCUGAUUCCUCCACCAUCUUCACAAGGUCCUUUGCUGUUGUUCUGGGAUUGAUUUGCACUUUUUGCACCAAAGUACGUUCAUCUCUAGGAGACAACGCAUCUCCUUCCUGAGCGGUAUGAUGGUUGCGUGGUCCCAUGGUGUUUAUACUUACGUACUAUUGUUUGUACAGAUGAAUGUGGUACCUUCAGGCGUAGGCCUUGAAAUACAUCCACAGGUACACCUCCAAUUGACUCAAAUUAUGUCAAUUAGCCUAUCAGAAGGUUCUAAAGCCAUGACAUCAUUUUCUGGGAUUUUCCAAGCUGUUUAAAGGCACAGUCAACUUAGUGUAUGUAAACUUCUGACCCACUGGAUCUGUGAUACAGUGAAUUAUAAGUGAAAUAAUCUGUCUCUGUAAACAAUUUUUGCAAAAAUUACUUGUGUCAUGCACAAAGUAGAUGUCCUCACCGACUUUAUUUGUGAACAAGAAAUUUGCGAAGUGGUUGUAAAAUUAGUUUUAAUAAUUCCAACCUAAGUGUAUGUAAACUUCCUACUUCAAUUGUAUGACACAUCGCACCUCACUCAGUGUCAGAUGGUUACAACACAGCAUUGACAUUAUAAAUUCAAACAUUUAUUUAACAAAUAAACAAAUUCAACAUGUAUUGUACGUCAACAGGGAUUGGCUAAAUCAUGAAUGUAAAAAUAGCUAAUAAAUAGAGGAGAAAAUUAUCAAGUAAAUUAACUUUAAAAAUGUAUUUGAUAAUGUUACUUUGCUGGCUACAAUGUUUCAAUUUGCUGUUGUGGCAAAAUCAAUUUGAUUUCAUCCCAGCAGGAAUGCAGAGAACCAAAAUAUUCCUUCGGGGAAGCUCCCAAGCCAUCAAGAACCACGCCUCACGCCAUUGGCCGUUCGAUAGCCACGCUUUCACCGCCGCGUUCAUGUCAUGCCCUGACCUUAGUUCCUUUUUUAUGUCUCUAUUUUGGUUGGUCAGGGCGUGAGUUUGGGUGGGCAUUCUAUGUCUGAUGUUCUAUGUUGUUCUAUGUUUUGUAUUUCUAUGUGUUUGGCCUGGUAUGGUUCCCAAUCAGAGGCAGCUGUCUAUCGUUGUCUCUAAUUGAGAACAAUACUUAGGUAGCCUUUUCCCACCUGUGUUUGUGGGUAGUUGUUUUCUGUUUUGUGUAUUGCACCUUGCAGAACUGUUCGUUUGCCGUGCUUUUGUUCAGUGUUUGUAUUUAUUAAAAGUAUUAUGGACACGUA